GGGCUCCCGAUCUUCUGUGACGCAUCGAAGACCGACCCCAUCCAAUGGUGGCGCCAAUUUGAAUUCAAGCUGGAUAUCCACCACGUCAUCGACGCAAAUCGGCAUGCAUAUUUGUACUCCCGCUCAGGAGGCGCAUGUCAGGCAUGGUUGGACAGCAUGUUGUCCGCACAUGCAUGUACAGUCACCGAGUUACACAAGUACAUCGCCUGGGCGGAUCUCACGGCGGCAUGGAAGAAGCGUUUCCAAGUAGAACUGCCCAAGCACCAGGCGAUGGACAAGCUGCUGACGUUUUCGCAGAACAGCAUGCCAAGCGGAGACUGGAUAUCUGAGUUCCAACGGUUGGCAAGCACGCCCAAGUUGCCGAUGAACUUCGACGGCAUCAAGCUUUACUUCAUCAGGAGGUUGUGCCCAGCGUUGCAGAAUGCGUUAACUCAAGUCGCCGAGAACCUCAACACAAGUGAAGAACUCUUCAACAAAGCCGCUCAGAUCAUUGUGACGAACUUGGCAGCCCGGAAUACGGGCCACUCGUCGACUGCUGGCCAGGGCGCGCAUCAGCAUCGGUCGAAAGUGGCCGUGGUCGCAGCAGCAACGCCUAGCGACCCUUCAAUUCUAAACGAGGCUGUUUCGUUUGACAAGGGAGACAGACUCGCAGCUGCCCAGAAUGGUGGCGCCCCGCCAAAGGACGAGGACGCAGCAAGACGAAGACGAACACCACUACUUCUUCUGGGUCCGGGCAAGCAGCUCAAGAGCAAGGACCUUGGACAACGUACGGGCUUACGGAGCGCGGGUACUGCGUCCGCACCAAGUACCGCUAUUGUUUGUGGUGCAACAGCUCAGCACAUGAGACAGCGAGCUGUCCCACGAAGGCCAAGGGUACCGCCCAAUCGGGAAAGUAAGCACCGCCGAGAGUGUUGCGACGACAUUCUCGACGCCUACGGAACCGGUUGCCGUACGGGUAACCUCCCUCGGUUCCGGGGCACAUGCGGACGUCGUAAGUCCUCCCAUUCUUCAUUCCUUUGAGGACUAUGCUGCUCGGCUCGUACCUUCACUGAAUUCACGAGCCCAAGGACAGGAUGUAUGUGCGGUUUCUUCUCCGAUCAGAAGCAGCGGUAUUGAGUCGUCUCCAGGGAACCUUCACGGGAUUCGGCGCGUGCGUUCAACAUAGAGGACUUGGACCCGUUGACGCCCGAGGAUUUUGCAUGGCUUCCUCUCCCUUCCACCGACUGCUUACAGGAGCCGCAAUGCGCAGCUCUUAGCGC